AUGGGCCUUACAAACGGAAGGUUCGGCUCUGAGUCGCGACAGAAGAAUCAGAGCAUCAGUUCCUCACAAUCUGGCCAACCAUCCAUCAUUUCCGACCGAGGCUCGCAGCGCGAGAAGUCGCUCUGGCAACGGAUGUCAGGCAAGGAUAAGGAUGGGCAUCGAUCAUCCGUGAAUGAGCAAACAGAGGAGAUCCUCAAGACGGCAAAUCAUAUUCUUACACAACUCCACGAGGCCAAGCGCCUGCGCCAGUCAAAUGCCCACUUACUCAACACUGACGACAAGUCCUGGAUGGACAGUACCAUCUCCGAUAUUGAUGGCGCAGCUCGCGACGUGCUCGCUUUUCUGGAGCCGACGCGGGUGGAGAGCGCGACCAGGAACGGGAAGCUUAGCCUGGGAAGGCAGAUACGCUGGGUCUCGCGCGAUAAUCAACGAGCGCGGGACAAGACUCACCGCCUUUUGGCUUGCCAUUCCAGUCUGUCGGCGGUUUUGACUCGGCUCCAGCGACUCAAUACUCCUCGGUCUACUUCUGUUCCUAUCUACGAACUUGGAGGGGAGAUGCCUGUGAAGGGCGGGAUAUACAGCUCCGCUAGUCUGCAUGAUUCUGUUGGGGGAGUCAGUGAGCUUGAAGAGGGGAGGAGGUGGAUAUCGCCGAAGCUGAGUUCUCUGAACGUCGAUAAUAGGCAUGAUUCCGUUGCUUGCCUUAGUGAACUUGGAGACAGUCGGCCGUGGAUAUCACCGAAACCGAGCUCGUUGAACCUUGAGAAAUAUGAUUCACUUGGUGGUCUUGGGGAGCUUGAAGAUACUAAAAAAAGGACGCCCCCGAAGCCAAGUCCGUUGAACAGUGAUAUGCAUGAUUUGCUAGCCUGGCGACGAUCCAAAGGAGCCGCUUCAUAG